AUGGUUCUACAAUUUGUAAAAUUCCCUCUGAAGGAUUCAAAGCGCUUGAUUCAGUGGCUGAAAGCUGUUCAGAGAGACAACUGGACUCCCACCAAGUAUUCCUUUCUCUGCAGCGAGCACUUCACCAAAGACAGUUUCUUCAAGCGGCUGGAAGACCAUCACCGCUUGCUGAAGCCCACUGCUGUCCCCACCAUCUUCCAGCUGGUGGAGAAGAAGCACGGCAAGCUGGAUUAUGUCAGGAGCAGAAGGAAAAUAGCCAGGCAGGUGCUGGUGAAGGAUGGGGAGGCCCCGCAGGAGGGAGGCGGUGAGGUAGCACACAGGUCUCCAUCUUCUGGCCAGGACUUCAUGGUGAUGCAAGGGACGAAAGAGAUGGAGGAGGCCACUCUGAAAGAGGAAAUAGGAUCCAUGCCCAAGGAGGAGCAGGCCCUCCACAGUCAGCUGGACGGCCCUCGGAGAAGGACGUUAGGGGAUCAUUUGGGCACCAAGGCUGGGCUGCAGGUGAAGCCCGAGAGGUCUCCUGGCAAGGACUGUGCCAGGGGCAGCUGGGCAGGGAGCUGGGUGGCAGACAGGAGCGGCGUGUCCGUGGACGAUUUCACCCCUCCAGCCUCCGGUGCCUGCAAGUUCAUCGGCUCCCUGCACUCGUACAGCUUUUCCUCCAAGCACGCCAGGGAGAGGCCGUCUCUCCCCAAGGAGCAGCUAGAAAGGAAAAGGCCAAAGAGAGACGUGGAGCCCAGCUGCAGCAGCCAGCCCUUGGGGCACGACAAGGCCGUCACAGAAGCGUCGCCGACCUCAUCCCUCACGGCCACCCCCCAGAAACCCUCGCAGGGUCUCUCAGCGUCCCCGGCCGACCUGACCCCUCGUCCCGCCGCCGAGGCCGUGCUGGGCCGCAAGGGGGACACGGACGCCAACCCCAUGUCCAUCAACGAGGUGAUCAUGUCGGCCUCGGGUGCCUGCAAGCUCAUCGACUCCCUGCACUCGUACUGCUUCUCGUCGCGGCAGAGCAAGAGCCAGGUGUGCUGCCUGCGCGAGCAGGUGGAGAAGAAGAACGGCGAGCUGAAGCUCCUGAGGCAGAGGAUCAGCCGCUCCGACAGCCAAGUCAGGAAGCUCAAGGAGAAGCUCAAUGAGAUGAAGCGCAACACUUUCCCUUACUUGAACAGCCUGAUAUCCCAGGACUGUGUACUGGUUUAUGGCAGUGAAAACAGCUGA